ACUACAUAGCUAAAGGACUUAGUUCUCCCCAUUUUUUCGUAAUUGCAGUUGUCAAUAAAAAGUGCCAAAACACGUAUACUUUACAGGCCAGCAAAAUGGGGGACAAUUCCAAUUCAAAACGCCUCGUUAUUCUUUUCUCCAUUUGCUUGGUUUUACUUCCCAGUCUACUCGUCUCUUCCUUGUGGAUGGCUAAAAAACGACGCCCAAAUCACAGCAAUGAAGUGACCAACGACGUUGCUACCAAGCCGGACGAGUAUUACUACAGAGAUCCUCGUCCUCAGGUCGUUUACCUCGACCACAUUGUCAACAAAUUUCGUCAAGAUUCGAACGACAAGUCAAGCCGCUACGGAAGUUCGUACGCUAAUUUGCAAGUGAUUGACGACACAUCAGUAGCCAAUAAUGAUUACACAUCGGACGCUGAUUACCAUAACGAUGUUGAUCCGCAUCAUUAUGACGAGAAACCCAACUGCAACGAAGGUGCGAUGCUCCUUUUAGUGAUGUCAUUGUUCAUUCGUACAGACAAAAAGAAGAAGAAAAAAGUGUGGAACAACCUGUCAAAGAAGAAGAAAGCGAGCAUCAUUUUAGGGUCGAUCGGCUUUGCUUUCGGUAAAUUAGGUUUAAUUUCUUUUUCUUCGCUUGUGGUAACGGAGGAAACGACAACAACAUCAACGACAUCGACUACAACACCAACAACGACAACAUCUACAACUUCAACAACAUCGACGACAACUCCGACGACGACGACGGACACGACAACCACGACAUCGACGACGUCUACGACAACAACGACCACAACAACCACAACAAUGAUGCCGAUGACGUGCUCGACUACGAUGAACACUGCUACUGGAUCGUACAAAACGAUUCGAACUCCGGGCACCCAGGUGGAACAGUGUCUCUCCGUCACCGUAGCUUUGGGUAGCAACAUCCGAAUUACCUGCACUUCCAUCAACGUUUCAACUGGCACAUACGUCACGUUUUUGGAUCUGCUCGGGACGAAUAUACUGGCCAAUCCACCCAUCUUAAACACAGCAUACACCACAGCGGACAACACGUUGAUUAUCAAAUCGCUCGCCAGCAGUGCCAACGCCGAUCAGCUGUGCUGCGAUUGGGUUACAGUUUAAACUGCCCUCCAUUUCUUAAUUUCCAUAUUUUUGUUCCCAUUUUCAUCAUUGCCUCGUCUUGCCUUGCUCAACGUUCAACUAAUAAAUCCUUUUUCUUAACACAAACAUCAAUUGACGUCCAUAUUUCGAUACAAACGUGUAUACAAUGUGUGUUUUCCAAUGAAUGUACACACGG